CACUUAACGUUGUCGCUCUAAUUUGACCUCAAAAUAUUUUCAUUUCAAUUUAAAAUUCAUAGAUUAUUCGGUUUCGAGAGAAGACCAUCGUUCCAAUAAAAUGAAGAAAUAUCACUUUCUGGUUACUUUUUGUUUACUAUUCCCGUUACUGGAUUUCGCUCAGUUGAGAACUUUUCAAAACAAAGUUUUAUCGAGGCGAAAAAGAUAUUUGACUUUUCCUGAGGGAGCUAGCGUUUCGUCAUUGUUCCGAGGUCAAAUGUCAGAUUUAUCGUUUUCGCGCCCUGAAAGUAAAAUUUUGCGGCAACUCCCAGCUCGUUACAAACAAGGCAGCAUUUUGUAUGACAGCACAAUUAUGGGUAAAUCCACCUGGGAUUUUUACAGAAAGCUUAGCCUGGGGGUUGGCUUAUGAUUUACCUAAUGAUACCAAAUCCAUUGCAGACUUCUUAGGACCCAAAUUUUUGGCGAAAAGACGAAAUAGGAGAGACUUGUAUGGCAAAGUAGAAAAAAUAAUGGAGUCGUUGGGUUACAAUGGACGAGUGUGUGUACUACGAUCUCUUUGUGAAGCCUCUAAUAGAUUUUUACCAAAAGAGGAUAAUCUUUUAAAUUACAUUUUGAAAAUGAUUUUCGAUUUCCCGCAAGAGAAGAUUCUGCGUUCUGAACCGGAAGAACACCGGAUUUAUCACUUUGCCGCACAAAUGGGGAAGGAAAAUCCAAACCAACACUGUUCACAAAUAUUUAAUUGCCCUUUUUCCCUAAUUGAUGCAGCGUUGGGACGAUACUCAAAUAAUGUAAUUUGA